UAUGUACCACCCCACUUUUUUCUAACAUAGUAGCGCUCUAGAAUGAGCACCUUCAAUGUCACGUUUGUUGUUAGCAUUUGAACCCAGUCUUAAAUCUUUGUUUAAACGUUUUAAAAAUGCACAAAUUAGGUUGUGUGUUUGGUAAUUCUGUGAGGACAGUGUGUCGACAGCUGGCUGUCUCCGUAAAUGCUCAAGCGACCUCCAUAAAUGGAAGCACAGAGCUGCGGCGAACCAUAAACAACAGUGCUGCAAGGCUUAAAGAAGCAGAAGCACCUAAAGAAAAAACAGGAAAAGACUUCAGCCUCUUGCCUCCACUUCCUGGAGAGGACAGUGCACUGAGAUGGGGUGGAAAGAAAUUUGAGGAGUUGCCAAUUGCUCAUAUUAAAGCCACCUACAACAACACACACAUCCAGCUAACAGACAGCGCGGGGCUGUCUCUGGUGAGGACGUCCUGCGGCACGGAGGGCUUCAAGAAUAUUAAGAAGUCGACGCCCAUCGCUGCACAGACCGCAGGAAUCUCUGCUGCUGCUAAAGCAACAGGAAAAGGAGUUACGUUUGUUCGCGUUGUUGUCAAAGGGAUCGGUCCUGGACGUCAGUCGGCGAUCAAAGGCCUGACGAUGGGGGGCCUGGAGGUGGUAUCCAUCACAGACAACACCCCCGUGCCACACAAUGGAUGCCGCCCCCGUAAAGCCAGGAGGAUGUGAGGAGGAACCUGUGGAGUUGUCGUGUGCUAAUAAAGUGUCGUGUUGUGUAA